AUGGUUUUAUCAAUUAAGCCUCCUUUUAGGAGAUUAUUUUCAGCAGCAACCGUUGCUUACACUGAAUACGGAGACCUCCUGGUUUCAGAGACAAGACCUAAACACCUAACCCAGAAACCCCAUUUUGUUAAUCAUGUAAAUAUGCUUGAAGUCAAUGCCCAAUUGAAGCAGCUGGUUAAAACCGGUCGUCUGACUGAUGCUCGCAAAAUGUUCGAUGAAUUGCCUUACAGGGAUGAGAUUACAUGGACCAAUAUGAUUUCUGGCUAUGUCAACGCCUUGGAUUCCUCUGAAGCGUUGGCUUUGUUCUCAAAUAUGUGGGUUCAGCCUGGGCGUAGUAUGGACCAGUUCACACUCAGUCUUGCACUCAAGGCUUGCGCACUAAAUAUGAACUUGGACUAUGGAACAUUAUUGCAUGGGUAUUCGGUAAAGUCUGGUCUUGUGAAUUCAGUUUUUGUGGGUAGUGCACUUCUUGACAUGUACACCAAGAUUGGUAAAAUCGAGCAAGGUUGUAGAGUCUUCCAUGAGAUGCCGAUAAGGAAUGUGGUAUCAUGGACUGCCAUAAUAACCGGGCUUGUUCGAGCUGGUUAUAAUAAGGAGGGAUUGGUUUACUUUUCUGAAAUGCAGAGGUCAAAGGUGGAGUAUGAUGCGUAUUCAUUUGCUAUUGCAUUGAAGGCAUGUGCGGAUUCUGGUGCUCUGAAUUAUGGGAGGGUGAUCCACGCAAAAACAAUGAAAAGUGGGUUCAAUGAGAGCUCAUUUGUGGCUAAUACUCUUGCUAACAUGUACAACAAAUGUGGAAAGUUAGACUAUGGUAUGCGCUUGUUUGAGAAGAUGAGGACACAUGACGUGGUUUCAUGGACAACAAUCAUAACAACAUAUGUCCAGAUGGGCCAGGAGGAGCACACAAUUGAAGCAUUUAUGAAAAUGAAGGAAUCAGAUGUGAGCCCCAAUGAGUACACUUUUGCAGCUGUUAUCUCCGGUGCUGCCAAGCUUGCAAGAAUUGAAUGGGGUGAACAAUUACAUGCCCAUGUUUUACGUAUAGGUCUUGUUGAUUUUUUCUCAGUGGCAAAUUCCAUCAUGACCAUGUAUUCAAAAUGCGGGAAGUUGGCAUCAGCUUCAUUUGUAUUUCAUGGUAUGAACAGAAGAGAUAUUAUUUCAUGGAGUACCAUAAUUGCAGCGUAUUCUCAAGCAGGUUAUGGGGAAGAAGCCUUUGAAUAUCUUUCAUGGAUGAGAAGGGAAGGUCCAAAACCAAAUGAGUUUGCUUUUGCCAGUGUCCUGAGUGUAUGUGGAAGUAUGGCAAUUCUUGAGCAAGGGAGGCAACUGCAUGCUCGUGUCUUGUCCGUCGGGUUAGAGCGUACAGCUAUGAUACAAAGUGCUCUAAUUAAUUUGUAUUCUAAAUGUGGGAGUAUAAAAGAAGCUUCAAAAAUCUUUGAUGUGACAGAAAAUGACGAUAUUGUGUCAUGGACUGCCAUGAUUAAUGGUUAUGCUGAACAUGGGUACAGCCAAGAAGCCAUUGAUUUGUUUGAGAAGAUUCCCACAUUAGGUUUAAAACCGGACUCUGUGGCCUUCAUCGGUGUUCUUACUGCUUGUAGCCACGCUGGACUUGUUGAUCUUGGCUUCCACUACUUCAAUUUGAUGAGUAACGAGUACCAGAUAAAUCCUUCAAAAGAACACUAUGGCUGCAUGAUUGAUCUCCUCUGCCGAGCUGGACGAUUAAGUGAUGCAGCAAGCAUGAUCAAAAGCAUGCCAUUUCAACGGGAUGAUGUUGUUUGGUCUACUCUGCUUAGAGCAUGUAGGGUACAUGGAGAUGUUGACUGCGGAAGACAUGCUGCAGAGGAGAUUCUUAAAUUAGAUCCUAAUUGUGCAGGGACUCAUAUUACUCUGGCUAACAUUUAUGCCUCCAAAGGGAGAUGGGGGGAAGCAGCAAAUGUAAGGAAGAUGAUGAAAUCAAAAGGGGUGAUUAAGGAGCCAGGAUGGUCUUGGAUCGAGGUCAAUGAUCAGGUUUCUGCAUUUUUUGCUGGGGAUCGAUCACAUCCACAAGGUGAAGAUAUAUUCUGCAUGUUGGACUUACUAACUUCAAGGACAGAAACUGCAAUUCAGGAAGUGGGUUCUCUUUUAAAUGAUGUGGAAGAUUAGCCGAAGGCAGACAUAUGCUUCAAUAUUCCAUUAGAGAAUUAAGUUAAUCUCUCCAUUGAUUAACUUAUUCAAGAGCUGCAGGUCACAAACAAUAGCAAGGAGCCACUUCAGUCAGAAGCCUAUAUUUGUGUCAACAAAUUUAUUGUUGACUAUGGAUGAGAUCAGGGUGAGCUACAGGUGUAUUUGGUUAUGAGAGAGUGCAUAAGAAAACAGCUUGUGUCUUGACAGAGUCUACAAAAUCAAAUGAGAUGGCUUCUUCGGCUGCAGCUCUAAAAUUACGAUUAAUAUGCAAAACUAGACCCCAUGAUGCCUCACUGAAUGGUCUCAGGGUCUGGGACACAGGAUUGAUGAAUACGGUGUUCUCCAAUGAACAUGCGCCAAACUGUGAAAGUGAGCCUUCACAUUGUUCAUUCUUUUUUUGUACUCCAGAGGACCAACAAUUUUCAUCCAUUACUGUCUAUUUGGAGGAUUUAAAAUUAAUUUUAGCAGAGUUUUCAGAUAGAAUUAUGCUGCAGGAAUCAACGAUGGCGGCUUAUUAAGCUGAGCUCUCUUUUGUUGCUUCGUGGGUAAUAGACUUAUUUGAUAUGGGUACUCUAGACUUGUUGGAACUUCAUCUUAAGUAAUCCUGAUAUUUUGGAAGAGGUCAAAGAAGAGAGAAGAGAUCAAAUAGUAUGACGUCCACAAAGAUAUAGGACUCCGAAGAAUGCAGCCAUGUUCUGGAAGAGGGUUUGUAAGCGGUGAAUGAUCUUUACCCUUGCUUUUUUGUUGUAAUAAUUCAGUCUAGGGUUUCUUACCCGAGAGAGAGAGAGAGAGAGAGAGAGAGAAACAGUCAAUGGUUUUGUAAGGAGUGACUUAAUAGUUUUCAAAGCAAGGUGUAAUGAACA